AUGCAUCUCCUCAACCUCCCCCCUCUCCUCUCCCUCCUCGCCCUCACCUCCGCCCUCCCUCGUCCCACACCCGCUCCCACACCCCUCCCCCUCAUCAUCUGGCACGGCCUCGGCGACCGCUACGACGCAGACGGCCUCCACUCGACCGGCGACCUCGCGAAGAAAGUCCACCCGGGCACAUACGUCUACUACAUCCGCACCGACGACGACGGCAACACGGACCGCAGCAAUACAUUCUUCGGCAACCUGACCACCCAACUCGACGACGUCUGCGAAGCGCUCAAACUCGACGCUAAACUCCUCGACCCUUCGGAUCCGGAUGGCGGGAUCCGAGUGGAUGCGCUGGGGUUCAGUCAGGGCGGACAGUUCCUGCGCGGAUUGUUGGAGAGAUGUGAUGGUUUGAGCAUGCGGUCUCUGGUCACGUUCGGGAGCCAGCACAACGGCAUCGCGGAGUUCCAGACCUGCGGGCGGUUUGACUUCGUGUGCAAAGGCGCCACGGCGCUGGUGAAGGGGAACGCGUGGACGGAGUAUGUGCAGAAUAAAGUCGUGCCGGCGCAGUAUUAUCGGCCGUUGAACGCGACGACGGGGAUGCCGAAGGAGGAGUAUUUGGAGGGGAGCAAUUUUCUCGCGGAUGUGAAUAAUGAGCGGGUGAAUAAGAGUGAGGGGUAUAAGAGGAAGAUUGCUUCGCUGGAGAGGUUUGUGAUGGCGGUGUUUGAGGAGGAUGUCACGGUCGUGCCGAGGGAGAGUGGGUGGUUUGCGGAGGUUAACGCGACGAGUGGGGAGGUCACGCCGCUGAGGGAGAGGCAGAUGUAUAAGGAGGAUUGGCUGGGGUUGAGGGAGUUGGAUGAAAAGGGUGGGUUGUUCUUCGAGACGGCGCCGGGGAAGCAUAUGGAGUUGUCGGAUGAGGUGCUGCGGAGUGCUUUUAAGACGUAUUUUGGGGCCGAAGGGGAGGCGUCGUCUGGUGGUCUAUUGGACGGGACGAUUGCGGGCGGCAGGUUGAACAACGACCAGCAGAUGUUAAUGCAGGAUGAUCAUGUGUUUGGCUGUGGCGCGGACGAAGCUCAGGCAUGGUGGGACUCGUUGACCUGGCUUGAACGUCGCCAGUUCGAGUGGGAGGCAGUCUGGAAGCCUUGGUUGAGAGGGGAGCUGGCGCCCUUGAGGGUGUAUGACAAGGAUCACAAGAAGGUCGAUCUGCUGUAA